CGUAUAUACAUAUAGAUCUAUAUCCUAAAAAAGGAUAGAGAAGAUUCAAGCAAGGCCAAAGAUAAAACCGAAGAGAAGGAAAAACGAAGCGAAAAAGUUUCUAAGAGGCUUGUAAACAACAGAAAGGUUUUUUUUUUUAAAAAAAGCGCCAUCACUGGGGAUUAUCUAGAAAAAGAGAAAAUAAUUAAGGAUUAUUUUGUUCAUUCAAACAGUGACAUAGUGAAAAAAAGGCAUCAAAAUGAGCACAAUAAGUGACAACCAAUGUACGUCUGUAAGAGAUUUCUACAAGGACAGAUCUAUUUUCAUCACCGGUGGUACCGGAUUUAUGGGCAAAGUUCUCGUUGAAAAAUUACUCAGAUCUUGUCCUGGAAUAAAGAACAUUUAUAUUCUGAUGAGACCUAAAAAGAGUCAGGAUAUUCAACAGAGGUUACAGAAAUUGUUAGAUGUGCCGCUGUUCGAUAAAUUGCGUCGAGACGCUCCUGAUGAUCUUUUGAAGAUAAUCCCUAUAGCUGGAGACGUGACAGAGCAUGAAUUGGGCAUCUCAGAAGCUGAUCAAAAUGUUAUAAUAAGAGACGUGUCGAUCGUUUUUCAUUCUGCUGCCACUGUGAAAUUCGACGAACCGCUGAAGCGUUCGGUUCACAUCAAUAUGAUCGGCACUAAACAACUGUUGAACUUAUGUCAUCGCAUGCACAAUUUAGAGGCUCUGAUCCAUGUUUCAACGGCAUAUUGUAAUUGUGACCGCUACGAUGUCGCUGAGGAGAUCUAUCCUGUGUCGGCGGAACCAGAAGAAAUAAUGGCUUUGACGAAAUUAAUGGAUAGCCAGAUGAUUGAUAAUAUAACACCGACUUUGAUCGGUAAACGACCGAAUACCUAUACGUUUACCAAAGCUCUGACUGAAAGGAUGUUGCAAUCCGAAUGUGGUCAUUUGCCGAUUGCAAUUGUAAGACCCUCUAUCGUUCUUUCUUCGUUUAGAGAACCAGUAUCUGGAUGGGUGGACAAUUUAAAUGGACCAACUGGAAUUGUUGCCGCUGCUGGCAAAGGUUUCUUCAGAUCUAUGUUGUGUCAGAAAAAUAUGGUGGCAGAUUUAGUACCAGUCGAUAUAGUAAUAAACUUGAUGAUUUGCACGGCAUGGAGGACUGCGACAAAUCGCACGAAAACAAUUCCCAUAUAUCAUUGUUGUACAGGUCAGCAGAACCCAAUCACCUGGCAGCAGUUCGUUGAACUGAUAUUAAAAUAUAAUCGAAUGCAUCCACCGAAUGACACAAUUUGGUGGCCGGAUGGCAAGUGCCAUACAUUCGCUAUAGUGAACAAUGUAUGCAAGAUCUUCCAGCACCUUUUACCGGCGCAUAUUUUGGAUUUCAUUUUUCGACUGAGAGGCAAACCAGCCAUUAUGGUUGGUCUACAUGAGAAAAUCGAUAAGGCUGUCAAAUGCUUAGAGUACUUUACUAUGCAACAAUGGAACUUCAGAGAUGACAAUGUUCGACAAUUAAGCGGUGAACUUAGUCCUGAAGAUCGACAAAUUUUUAUGUUCGAUGUCAAACAAAUUAAUUGGCCAUCGUAUUUGGAACAAUACAUAUUGGGAAUUCGGCAGUUCAUUAUUAAGGACAGUCCGGAGACACUGCCAGCUGCUCGUUCACAUAUUAAAAAAUUAUAUUGGAUUCAAAAAGUUGUAGAAUUCGGGAUGAUAUUAGUGGUGCUGCGUUUUUUGUUGUUGCGCAUACCUAUGGCCCAAAGCGCAUGUUUUACACUAUUGUCUGCCAUAUUACGCAUGUGUCGUAUGAUUGUUUGACGGCUCAGAAUGCCGGUUGAAAAUCGCGAAAAGCGUUAUAAGAAACAACUAAUCGUAAAGAAGCAUAAUUUAAUGGUGCAGGUUAUCCUUCAACUUCAUUGCUCAUCAUCCCAUCGGUUGGCCUUUUCGAUGUUUCUAUUUGUUCAUAACUAAAUUAGCGUUCGCUAGAGAUAUUAAAUUUCGCGGAGAGUGUCAGUUAUGAAGCAAGUUCAAAAAGGACAUAAAUAAUGAAAUAAAAAAAAGAAAAAAAAAAAAAAAGAAAAGAAAGGAAAA